GAUAUAAGAAUUAGCACCCAAUCUUUAGACUUUUCCCCUUCUAGCUUUCUAUCCUUCUUUUCCACUUUCCCUUUUUCUUCUCUUUUUCCUUCCUUCCAAGUAAUUACUUCUUCUGUACUGCUAUUAAUAUGGCUCACAAUAACCAUUAUUCCUGGUCAAAACCCGAUCACAAAACCAACGCUAUGUACCCACCUCAAAAACCCACCACCGCCACCGGUUCACCCGGUUUGACUCGCUUCAGUUCAGCUCCCGGUUCCUUUUUAACCAGAGCCGUUGAUUCGGUUAUCGGCAGUGGCGCUGCUACUAACAGUAACAGUAACAGUACCAGUUUUAAUCAUCAUAAUCAGAAUCUUAAUCAUCCUCAUCCUCAUCCUCAGUAUUUCUCUUCAGCCGCUGAUUCUUCUUCGCUCACCACUUCUGAGUCAACUUGCAAACUUAACUCGUCCAACGCUCUCUCUAAAACUGGAGGGUUGCAGAGAUCUUACGGGUUUAAUGAGAUUGAUAGCAGUGGAUCUUUACUUAGACAGAACAGCUCUCCUGCUGGCUUUCUUUCUCAUCUUAAUAUCUCCUCCACCGAAAACGGUUUUUCAAUUACACCAGGGACUGGAGGGUAUAACUCGCACAACAGUUCGAGUUGUGGCCAUGCUGUAUCACGGUUGAAAUCUCAAUUGAGCUUCACUAGGCAAGAUUCUCUUUCUCAGAUAUCUGAAGUUAGUGAGGAUCUUGUUGAAGGCAUCAGCUCUAACAAUGGACACCCGAAUUCUCAUUCUUAUUCAACUGGUGGAUUUGGUAUGGGAUCCUGGGACAACACCAAUUCAAUUGUAUUUUCUGGACCAUCAAGCAAACGAAUGAAGAAUAUUGAUGGAGAUAUCUUUAACUGUAUCAAUGGCUUAGAAACUCAGUUUAGUUUGCCACAGACCAGCCUUGAGAUGGCAACAGUAGAGAAGCUACUAAAUAUUCCUGAAGACUCCGUGCCUUGUAAAAUCCGUGCUAAGCGUGGUUGUGCAACUCAUCCACGAAGCAUUGCUGAAAGGGAGAGAAGAACCAGAAUAAGUGGGAGGCUGAAGAAACUACAGGAUCUUGUUCCUAACAUGGAUAAGCAAACGAGCUAUUCAGACAUGCUGGAUUUAGCAGUGCAGCACAUCAAAGGCCUACAAGGAGAAGUUGAGAAAUUACACAAGGAAAUGGAAAACUGUUCGUGCGGAUGCAAACCAACAACAUGGCAGUCUGGCUAAGAAGGAUUUUAGUGAAGCAAAGUUUUUGAUCAAAGGGUUUGAAGGCAAGAAGGAUUUAGUAAAUUCUAAUUGAUUUUGUGAAUGUACCAUGUUUUUAACGUAAUAAAGCAAAAGUAAAGGGGUGGACACUCUUAAAAACUGUAUAUAAUGAAGUCAAAAUUGUUACAUGGGAAAAGGAUGUAUUUUAAAUGGUAUACAAAAUUCCAAUCGUUUCAGCAA